AUGGAAGCCGAACAAAAUUCUCAAAUAGAUGAUAAUGCUUACGAUGAACAAGAUGAGCAACAACAACUGUCAGAACUAAAUGAUCUAUUUUCAAGAUUUAAGGAUGAUUCUGCCAAUGAUUAUAUUAAUGUUAAUCGUUUAACUGAAGUUUUACAAGCUUUUGGUCGAAAUCCUUCAUUAAGAGAUUCGGAACAGAGAAUGAAUGAACUUGAAGCUGCUGGAAAAUUUGAACUAACACUGGAUGAUGUUUUACAACUAAUCGACGAACCAUGGACAGUAGUUAAUAACGAUCGUGAUGGUCUUCGUGAAGCAUUAGAAAAGUUUGAUACUACACACGAGGGCUACAUUGAAAUUGAAAAGUUUCGAACACUGAUGGCUACAAUUGGUGAACCAUUAUCAGAUGAUGAAUUGGAUGAUCUUAUUCAAUUAGGUUUAAAUGAUGAACAAACAAAAAUAAAUAUUGACUAUUUAGUUGAUCAGUUACUUGGUAUGAAUGCAUAA